AUGUCGACGAGCACAAACCAAGAGAAGAUCAAAGUCCGUCUUUACUACUGGAACGCUCGCGGUCGCAUUCAAGCGGUUCGCUACAUGCUCGAAGAUGUUGCAGCUAAAUAUCCCAAUGUCGAUUAUCAGGAAGAUUUUGAAAUACUCGAAAAAGCCGCUGAAGACUGGCCUGCUCACAAGGCAGAUAGAAGCAUUUCUGGGCCAUUUGGUACUCUACCCGUGCUACAUUGGAACGAUACACACAUUAUUGCACAAACUCUACCCAUCGGACAAUUCAUAGCACGUAAAUUUGACUUGUACGGUAAACCGAAAUCAGCCAAUGAAGAUCCAGUUGUUUUUCAAGCUCUUAUCGAUGGAGUCGUCUCCUGUGCCUAUACCGAUGUUAUAUUUAAUAUAUUCAUGAUCCUCUGGAAUCAGGUGGAUUUUGACGAUCCGAACCAUCCCUAUGCUCGAUUAGUGAAAAGAGUUACUAGUGAUUUUAAGACGUUGAAUGAUCUUCUUGCAAAGAGUUCAACAUCCUUUUUCUACGAUCAACAUGAACCAACCAUUGCCGAUUAUUUCGUAUUUUAUGGGUUUACACUUGCAAAAGAUUUCCAUUCUGCUUUAUUGCCGGCUGACGAGGAUACACAAGCAUUGAGCAAACUCGAACAGGAAAUGAAAAGUCGUCCAGCAUUAGCCAAAUAUUUUAAUGAAGGUCGUUUAUACAACCGAUUCAGUGGCUCGCCGACAGAACAGCAAUAUCGAGCGAAAAUUGCCGCGAAGAAAAACUAA